UCUUUCCAAUGAUAAUCGGAAACAAUCAUUCCUUUUUUGAAACAGAAAAUCAAAAAAUUAUUGAUUUUUUUUCUAUAAAAAUAUGGCAACUUUUAUGGAAGGAGAAAUUAUCGAGGAGAUUCUACAUGAAGACAGUAUUGUCAUCAUGAACGAGACGAUUAUUGUUGACAUGUGGAAUGUGAACGCAACGACUGGACCAACUAUUAUUUCAGCGAAAAAGGAGCAAUUGUAUGAGUCAUUGAUACUUUCUGGCAGUGCUAUAAUUUUCAUUUUGCUGGCAAUAUUAAUCCUUUACUACAUAAAAACUUCUCGUUACUAUCGUCACUGGUGGCGUGGACGUCAAUGUGAAAAAGCGGCGAAAAAAGAGGAAAAAGCGAGAUUGAAGGCAAAAGUUGAACGAGAGAAGUUGGAACAGGAGGAUGAGGAAGAAUAUUCGGUUUAAUUCGGAUUUUUCACGAAUGAAUAAUAAAAAUAGUACUUUAUA